CUGUGGUAUUCAUGCUCCUGUUAAACAUGGGAUAUUUUAAAAUCCUUCUGUUUUGUUUUCUAAUUUCUGCAUUAACAGCUCUUCAGCAGGAUGUUCAGGGGAGAGUUGGAGAUGACGUCACUCUCCAGUGUCAGAUUUCAACAGAAGAAAUAAUCUCAGUGCUGAAGUGGAGCAGAGCUGACCUGAACACAGACGGCUACGUCUACUUUUACAGGAACAAACGCUCCUAUGAAAAUUACCAACAUCCAUCUUUUCAUGGCCGAGUGAAGCUGAGGGACCCGGAGAUGAAGGAUGGAGAUGUUUCUCUGAUCCUGAUGAAUGUUACAUUUAAUGACACUGGGAUGUAUGAGUGUCACAUAGCAGUGAGGAAAUCUGGGAGAAGUAAAAGAGUUCACACAGAGAUCAGUCACUUCAUUAACCUCACAGUUACAGCUGAAAGACAUGAAAGCGUGUCGGAGAAACAAGUGAUGGAAAAAGGAGAUGGAAACAUGCAUGAUGCUGAAAGGAUUCUAACAGACCAAGAAAUCACAGCUGUAUCUGGACAGAACGUCCCUCUGACAUGUCGAGUUCCAAACAACAACGGUGAGACUGUAGAGUGGAGCAGAGCUGACCUGAGAGAUAAAUAUGUCUUAGUGUUGAAAAACAAGAAGCCCAAAGAAGAUGAUCAGGAUCCAUCCUUUGAGAACCGGGUGGCUCUGCAGGACAAAGAGAUGAAGGAUGGAAAUGUGUCUCUGAUUCUGUACAAUGUGACGGCUGCUGAUAAUGGAACAUAUGAGUGUCGUGUCUUAAUGGAGGAAACACAAUCAUUGGAUCUCAUCUGCAGCAUAACACUGAGUGUUGUUGAUCCUCCAGGUGAGUGA